ACGUCUGUGCAGCUCUCUCAGUCGUGCUUUCGCCUCCGACACGGUUCGUCUCUCUCGCUCUCGCAUAAUAUAUACGCACGUACUCUACGCGUGAGCGCGCCGUACUAUAUACGUAUGUACUACAAGCGGCGGAUCCAGUCUUGGAAAAAAAGUCUCUCAGUGUAGUACGCACUUGAAUCGUGUGUGCAGUGCUUCUCGGUGUUGUUUGUGUGUGUGAGCGUGGAAUUCGCAUCGCAUAAUCAAGAAAAGUCUCUCUUGCGAGCGUUGAGGAGUGCCCCUCCGCGUUAAAGUCUCGACGACGCCUCCGCGCUCAAUUAAGUGUCUCUCCGAGAAGUGCCAGACUGUCUCUCACCCUUUUUGUCUCUGUGCAUCGUCGUAAGUGUAGAGCGACCAAGCGAUCGAUAUCGACCUUUACGUAAAAAAAGUUGCUGUUUCAAGAGGAUUUUGCGGUAGGCGGCUCUUCUAGUGUAGGCGCAGCUCGUGCGGCGUGAAAUAGGAAAUUUUCAAGCACGCGUCUGCGUUAGGGAGACCCCCUGAAAGCGGAGAGGUAGACACACGCAUACGAGUGCGAGAGAAAGAAAAAAGCGGCGUCCUUCGAUUCCCUCUCGCUUGCUCUCUCUUGUACACCUAGGGAUUCCGUCCGUCGUCGCCGACUCUCUCGCUCUCUCUCUCACUGGCAUGCUGUGAGUGAAAGAAAGCGACGCUCGUUAUCUCUCGAUAGUAUAUACCUACUCUCUGCGUCGUACGCAUUACCAAGGCAUAUAUACACACAGCUCGAAAAACACAAGACAAAUUUAAAGAGGGGACACGUGAAUAAUCUUUAAAGCCUCUAACAAACUUUGUAACGGCGUAAAAUUAUUGUUUGUGAAAAACAUAAACGUACAUAACACACGGCUUAAAUCAUACGCCUGCAUAACCAUGAGUAAAGCAUCAAAGAACGGUACAGGCUCUGGGGGCGAUGAGAGGUAUACGCACAAUCGGAGAAACAAAUCAACAAUCGUUUCCUCAAAAGCUUCUUCUUCUGAUGCGAGUUUACCAGAGAAACUCGCCGAGAGUUCAAGCAGAUCCAAGAAUAGUGGUGCCACAGUUAAACAGCACCCAGGUGUAUCAAGAAGUAACGCCAAGAGUAAACUUCGCAGUCCAGUAAAGUCAGGGUUGGGCCAGUCAACGAACCGUGUAAGCAAGCCUAAUAGUGUUAGUGCCAACAAAGAAGUCAAAAAGGCUAUCACGCUGGCAAAAUCAAAGAGCCAAAUGACCAAGAUGAAGCAAGAAACUGAAAGUUCAGAGCGCAAGCAGAAAGCGCAAAAUGCUCCAAUUGAAAAUAAAGAGCCAACCGAGCAGGUUGAGACUAUUAAGCAAGUUGCUGAGACUAAUCAUGUUGAUGAGCAGCCGGCAGUACAACAAGAAAAUGGAAAUACCAAUGGACUGAAUGGUAAUAAUGUUGCUUUGGAAGAAAAUCCUAGUGAAAAUGGAGCAAAAGAGAACGGACAGACAGAACAACACGGAAACUCUGAAGCUGUAGAAACAAACGACAAAGAGGAAGAGUUUGAUUUGCAAUUAGAUGCUGAGGAAAGUAGUGCUAAAUCUGAAGAUGCAUCUAAAGACUCAUCGGAGUGCACAAAAGAUGACUCUCAAAGUCAGUCCAAAACCUCUAUCGAAGAAUCUUCUCAAGAAGGAUCGCAGGUUGAUACAGAAAGUGGUUCGGUAGAUGUAGUUGAAUCUACAACUUCUGAGAUGUCAGAGGCUACAGAAUCAUCAGCGCCAUCAGAAAUUAAAGACAAAGAUACUGAAAGUCAAGAUCCGAAUGCUGAAGCAGUAUCUUAUGAUUCUUCUAUUAUGUUGAAAGAUGUGAAGAUAAAACUGAAUGAUUGCUUGAAGGACAACAAGUGUUUAGUUUAUAUAAAUAAUUGCAAAAGCCGUACGGAACAAACGACAUUAUUAAACGGUGAAGAUGAGAACAAUGCUGAUCAGAGUCUAACUGAAUACGCCCACAAAGAAACCACAUUUGGCAAGACACUUAGAACAAUAUCUGGAAGAAACUCCAUUGGUCGCAUGAGACACAUAACUCUCCGUGACAGACAACCAUCACCCAAUAGUUCACUUUUUGUCAAUACAUCAAGUGCAUCUUUCUCGGAAGAAGGAACUCCAUCAUUACGUUAUCGUAAUACACUAUUAGAGCUUAGCUCUAGCAAUGGCACACCUGCAGACAGAAAGCGCAAGCUCUUGGAAGAAAGCUCUAGUGCGCAGAAAAAACCAAAGACGGAGGAAAGUAGUAGUUUAUUGAAUUCCUCUUUUGAACUUCUCAAAUACCCAUUUGGUCUGCAGAGGCCUACAAAGGUAUCGACACCAUACAAAUUCCAAUCCGACAUACAUAAUGUGAGCACCAGUGAGGAAGUGGAGGCUGAUGAUCCAGGAACAGCCAAGAAAUGGUGCGUUAUCAUGUAAAAGGGAGAUUAUUGUUUCGAUUUCGAGCGUUAAACGGAAUUGCAGGAUAGACGAUGUGUAGUUUACAUGUAAGUGAAUGAUUUGCGAUGUCUAUUUUUAUGUCGUUGGUUAAUCAAAUUGCUCGUGAAGGUUAUAUUGUUUUGAAGAGAGCUUUUAAUUAUGACUUUAGAUUUUAAAGUGGCUUGCUAUGUGUACUAAAUGAAUUUCACAUAUAUCAAUUAUACAAUCUUUACAAAAAUAUUUUAUUCAAUCUCAGCAUUCAUUCACGGAGAUGUAUCGCCUAUCCUGCAAUAUGCUCCAGUACCUAUAGAACUACUAACAAAACGAUGAAAUCUGGCACGCAAUUAGCAGUCAGACUUAUGAUAAACCUAAUCCGAUAAUUUCUUAGACGAUAUAUACUUGAAGCACGACUGAAAGUUGAACAAUGCGUAUAUCCCAUGCUUAAUCAACAUAAAAAUACGUGUAUAUGUAUUUAUAUUUUUGAACGGGAUCAAUUUGUUAUUAGAGGAAGUAAUCAGUAAGUCCUUUUAUGUCAAUGUAUUCUUCCGUCUCUGUUCUGUCCGUUUGAUAUAUUUUGCGUAAACAAACAAUAAGAUAUUUCUCCGUAAAAAAUACGUUAAUAAUUGUUGCAAAAGAGAUUCGCUUUGUGAUUUCGAUUGAAUGUUUUCUAAAAAAUUAGCACUUAUUUUGCAUUAUUUAAUUAUUGGGUCAAAUAACUAUUUAUCCAGAUUUUACUCCAUGACCUUGUUAAAAGAAGUCUAAUUUAUGUCCUUAUUCAAUGAAGAGUAUUUUAAUUUAAAAUAUGUUUUUGUCAUGAUAAAUCAAUUGUGCUGGCAAAAACUUGCGUUGUACCUAUUUUCUUUGUUAUUAGGUACAUCUGUAUUAUCAUAAAAAAAUAAUGAUGUUAUAUCACGUCCUUGUAAUUUCAUGUAUUAUCAUUUACUGAUUCAGAUAUGACUACGUUCUGCCUUUUUUUGUACAAUAUUUUGUUUACUUCAACGUCUUGUCUAUCAUGUAGACUAUUAUUACAAAUGUGAAAAAUUUAAAGUUUUGUUUGUACGAAUUGCGUAAACCGUCUAUAUUUAUCAGGGUAGUACAUAGAUUCACGUAAUCCAAUGGGGAAACCCAUUUGUAAUAAUAGGCAUUAGGAUAUGCAAUGUUUAUCCAAAUUCUCAUUGAAAAUGUUAAAUAACACGUCCAUUUUGCAUUUAUCUAACCCUGCGUAUUUUGUAAUUAUUGGCAUCUCACUUUGGACUUUGCUGUUCACUUGCCUUUUUAUAGUGUUAUCGACAUCAAAACACGUAACGAAAUUCUACUUCAUUUCAUAGUAGAGUAUAUUCAGUGAUUCGCCGGAAUAAUUUGGUAAAUAAAACUAUAUCAGUCAUAGAAAAAAAAGGAAAUCCAAGUGGAUGGUCCUAGGCCGAUCGUUUGCUCUUAGAGUAAGAUACUGGAAAUUCCUGAUUUAGCUGCUUUUGUUUAACUCUAAGAGAUUCUGAGUAACGUGGACUAGAUGAGCUGUGAAUUAAAAAAAAGCUUUAAAACGGAAAAUAACAAUAUUGUAUUUAUAUUGUGCGUUUUGACAAGGGUAUCUAAGUUAGGAAUUGAUAUUUGUUUAUGCUGUUACUAUUUGAUUACCAAAUUAUUCAAAUAAUCUAAAAAAUGUUCGGCAUUACUGCAUAUUUGAAUUGAACUUGAAAUUAGCAUCAUGUUAAAAGUCGCGUAACGUAAAAAUCAAUAUAAGCGAUGAAUAAAAAUAAAGACUGCGCCGUUAUUGUGUCAACGUAGUAUUCUUUAAGAUGGAUUCUCGAACGAAGACUCGAUAAAUAUGCUAAACCAACAAAAAGGGACUAUGUCUUGUAUUACUUGUAACACUUGUCUCUUUACAACUCACUAGAUUAUCCAAUCCUCUUGCAAGUACUGGUUUAAUGAAAAUAUCCACGAUUUUAUACUUUGCUCAUUCUAUAGUAAAUUUUUCGCAGAAAUAAAAAUAUGAAUCCUAGUGAGUUGUAAAAAAUGAUUUUCUGUAAACAGAUAUAUCCGUACCUUAAGCAUGUACACUGCGUAUUUAGAAUGCUUUACAAUCACGACGUGAGAUUAUCAACAGAAAAAAAUUGUACGAUGACAAUGAUGCGAGAGGUAAAAACGCCCACUUGUGCGACCAAAGUUAUACGUAUUUCGUUAUCUGUGAAAUGGUCGACACCGGUUUAGCCCGAGGCGUUAUAUGCGAAUAAUUGUAACAUUUCGACAAAUGCGUAAUCUAACAAAUUUUUUUCUGGGACGAGACACCACCGAAAAAAAACUGUAAAGAAUAAUUACGAAACUAACCGAACUUGCCAAAGUUGCGCGCGAAUAAGGAUAGAUGAGAUAUUUUUUCAGUAACGAUACAUUGCAAUUCCUCAGAUAGUCUCGGGCCUAAACGUCAACUCGAAUCGACAUAAUUUUUUACUCGUUUGUUCAAUUAUGAAGUAUUAGGCAGAGAAUAUUAAGGCAUGUACAUAGAAAAGUAUGAAGUUUAUAAUAAAUUCUCAGACUCAA